CCGGUCCCCCCGCCCCUCGGGCGGCUGGCAGCAGGAGGAUGAGGAGCGCCGGGAAGGGCUGCGGGUGGCGGAGAGGCACCUAGGAGAGGGGGGACAUGGCCCCGCUGCUGGCGCUGCUGCUGGCUGCCCUGCUGGGCUCGGGCCGGGCGUGCCCGGAGCCGUGCGCUUGCGUGGACAAGUACGCGCACCAGUUCGCCGACUGCGCCUACAAGGAGCUGCAGGCCGUGCCCGCGGGGCUGCCCUCCAACGUGACCACGCUGAGCCUGUCGGCCAACAAGAUCAGCUCGCUGCCCCGCGGCGCCUUCGCCGAGGUGACCCAGGUGAGCUCGCUGUGGCUGGCGCACAACGAGAUCGCCACCAUCGAGCCCGGCGCGCUGGCCGUGCUGGUGCAGCUGAAGAACCUGGACAUCAGCCACAACCAGAUCGUGGAGUUCCCCUGGCAGGACCUGCGCAACCUCAGCGCGCUGCAGCUGCUCAAGAUGAACAACAACCGCAUGGCCGCGGUGCCGCUGGGCGCCUUCCGCACGCUCAAGGACCUGCGCUCGCUGCGCAUCAACAACAACCGCUUCACCACUCUGGCCGAGGGCAUCUUCGACUCGCUGAGCUCGCUGUCGCACCUGCAGAUCUACAACAACCCCUUCGAGUGCUCCUGCGCGCUGCAGUGGCUGAAGCGCUGGAUGGAGACCACGCUCAUCUCCAUCCCCGAGAAGGACUCCAUCGCCUGCGCGCUGCCCGAGAGCCUGCGGGGCGUGCCGCUGGCCCGGCUGCCGGACCUGCGCUGCGCCGCGCCCACCGUGCAGCUCAGCUACUCGCCCAGCAGCCUGGACACGGCCGAGCUGCCGGACGGGCUCUCGCUGAGCCUGCACUGCACCGUGAGCGGCUCGCCACCGCCCGAGGUGCGCUGGAAGAUCCGCACGGCCGGCCAGAGCCUGGAGCUCGGCGGGAGCGGCGCGGACAGCGCGGCCAAGGAGGAGCCGCCACCGCAGCAGCAGCGGGAGCCCGAGCGCUUCGCGGUGCUCAAGAACGGCACCCUGGUGAUCCCGCGCCUCAGCAAGCGCGAGGAGGGCACCUACACCUGCGUGGCCACCAACGAGGUGGGCAGCAACCAGUCCUCGGUCAACGUGGCGGUGGCGGGCGCGCAGAAGCACCCGCUGGUGCCCGGCGGGGACCCGCUGGGCGGCAAGGGGCAGGCGGGCGGCGACAAGAAACCCGGCGCUAAGGGGGCCAAGAACAGCGUGCUGACCCCGGAGGAGAGGGGCAAAGCGCUGGGCCCCACCCGGCAGAGCCAGCCCUCCUCGGCGGCGGGGCCGGAGCCUGAGCGCCGCGGGCGCGUCCCCGCGGAGCCGCCGGUCCCGGGGAAGACGUGCGGGUCCUCGGCGGGCGGCUCCAAGUACGUGUCCAACCACGCCUUCAACCAGAGCGGCGAGCUGAAGCAGCACAGCUUCGAGCUGGGCGUCAUCGCCCUGGACGUGGCCGAGCGCGACGCCCGCGUGCAGCUCACGCCCACCCAGCCCGGCGGGGGCCACCUGGGCGUGCUCUACCUGUGCCAGCAGGGCCGCCAGGGCCACGCCCUGCUGCAGUGGUCGCAGAUCGAGGCCGGCGUGAACUCGUACUGGUUCCAGGGCCUGAGCCCCGGCACCAACUACUCGGUGUGCCUGAGCUCGCCGGGCGAGGAGUGCCAGGUGCAGGUGGUGUUCACCACCAAGAAGGAGAUCCCGUCCCUCAUCAUCAUCGUGGUGGUCAGCAUCUUCCUGCUGCUGCUGGCCACGCUGCCGCUGCUGGGAGCCACGUGGUGCCACCUGCUCGCCAAGCUCCAGGCCAAGCCCUACAAGCUCAUCAUGAAAGCGCAGAACCCCGACCAGAUGGAGAAGCGCAUGGCCGCCGACUUCGACCCCCGCGCCUCCUACCUGGAGUCCGAGAAGAACUUCGGGCCCGCCGAGACCGGCGAGGCCGAGGACGACGAGGAGGAGGAGGAGGAGGCGGGGGAUGAAGAAGGAGCGCGGUGGCGGCGCGGGAGGGAGGGGGAAGGCGCGGCGGAGCUGGAGCGGGAGGAGAGCGUGGCCGCCAGCUCCAUGGCGGAGUCGCAGUCCAAGGGCGGCGCCGAGGAGUUCGAGGUGCGCUCCGAGUACAGCGACAAGCUGCCGCUGGGCGCCGAGGCCGUCACCAUCUCCCCGGAGAUCAACGGCAACUACCGGCAGCGGCCCCGCUGAGCCCCCCGAGCCCCCAGCCCCGCCGCUCCGCCCGGGGAAAAACAACCGGAGCCAUCCCUGCCUCUCCUCCUGCUCCUGCUC